UUUUACGCGCCAAUCGCGUUAGCUCUAAGAGCUAAUGCUAAUCGCUAGCUUGGUCCUGUUGACUGAAACUUUCUGUUGGUGUUGACUUGUUAGUUCAAUUAUUAUCUUGAUGUGUGGUUUGCGGACAUUCCAGUUUCGGGGUGCAGCUAAAUAUAUAUAUUUUUCUUUUUUUCUUUUUGGGUACUGAUGGACGGACAAGCAGAGAGUCGAGCUGCUUCUUCUUCGUCUUGUUUAAUGGUGAAUAACUCCUUAGGAUCAUUAUCGCCACCUACUGUACUGGAUGUGAACUGCCAUCUUUCAGAAAGAGGGGUGACUGACAUCGGCCUGAAGGUGCCCGCUCUCCGUGAGGCAUUCGCUACUCUGCUUGCCAGCAUCCACAACCAGGACUUCUUGUUCGUGGUGGGAAAAAGGAUUGUCAUGCGACUGGCAGCAGCUAACAACCAGGAUGUAGUUGGUGUGCUGUUGGCCUACGAGGCCCUGAUUCGAUUCCUGAGGACGUCUUCCAAUCAGGAAUCGAUUAAAGCAGAGCUCAGCUCCUGUGAUCACCACUACAACUUCCUGGAUGUUUUUUAUGAGCUGAUUCUCUUCGGCUGCUUUAUAAAUGGCUCAAAACCUCAGCCAUUUAAGGGAGGAUUCUUGGAGCGCCUGCUUGCGCUCUUCAGCAUGUGGGACGUGGACGUGUGGGAGCCUGCAGCAGAGCUGUACUUCACAGUGCUUAUUGAUUACCUUACAGAGCUUGUUGAAGUACUGUUCACUCAGCCUCUGGAGCUGACCAGUGACCCAGCAGCCUUAGCCACCACAGUUCAGCGACUCCUCAAGCUGCACGUCCAGCUGAUGAUGGACAUUUUGGAGGAGCUCUGAGCAAUGUCUUUCCCCUUACCCACUUCAUCUUUUCUUCCACUUCAUUUCAUGUUCUUUUCUCUCACUUCUUUUUCCUACAUUGCUCAGACUCCACAUUAAUUAAUUAAGUAUGAAUUAAUUUUAUUUCUAUUUUUGAUUAAAUUAAUAUUUUAAAAAUCUCUUCUCCUUUUUUACAGGUUUGUACAGUGAACCCCAGGACCUGAAGAAGGGCUUAGCCCUUAAGAUCAUUCUUCCCUUAUUAAUCUAUCCCUUUUUAAUCAGUCCCUCUGUUCCUAUCCCUCUCCCCCUAUUCCCAUAAGUUAUUAUUAUAGAUAAUAUAUAGAUAAAUAGAAUUGUUUAUGAAUAAACUUAUUUGUAUAAUGA